AUGGAGGGCAAAACGAUGGGAGGUUCCAGUGCUAUUAACUACAUGGUAUACAUCAGGGGCAGUAGAAGAGACUACGAUUCCUGGGCGGAACUGGGAAACCACGGAUGGAGUUACCGAGAGGUGCUGCCAUAUUUCAUGAAGUCAGAAAACAACCAAGACAUCGAAUCACACAAUAAGCAUUACCACGGCAUCGGCGGACCAAUGAAUGUAGAACGGUUCCCCUACAUCGAUAUAAACACUAUGAUGCUCGUCGAAGCAUUCAAAGAAAAAGGGCUGCCCAUAACAGACCUUAAUGCUGAAAACCAAUUAGGAACGGAUAUAGUACAAUCUACUUCUAAAGAUGGAAGAAGAGAGUCUGUUAAUGUAGCUUACAUAAGACCUAUACGGCAUAAACGGCCUAACAUAGACGUUGUCAGUGAAGCCCAUGUAACUAAAGUAUUGAUAGAUCCCACAACUAAAACGGCUUAUGGUGUUACUUAUGUCAAAAAUGGUAAAAUUUAUACAGCACGUGCGAGAAAAGAAGUGAUUGUUAGUGCUGGGGCUAUUAAUUCUCCUAAAUUGUUGAUGUUAUCUGGUGUGGGUCCAAGGCAUCAUUUAGAGAGCUUGAAUAUACCCGUAAUUGCCGAUCUUGAUGUAGGCAGUAAUUUACAAGACCACGUUACCACAGAUGCUUUAGUAAUUGGUUUGUCGAACAAAACGUCUACUAUGGUUAACGGACCUCAGCUAGUCAGUGAGCUAUACAAUUAUUUUAGACAAGAGCCAAAGAAAAAUGGACCUUUAGCGGUUUCAGGAACGCUUAGUGGCACAGCGUUCAUAAAAUCUCCUUACACUUACGAAGACGCUCCAGAUUUACAAUUCCAUUUUGAUGGACGUAACGUAAAAGAAUUUUACUCGGAUCCAACAACGUAUUUGGCAUCAAAUGUAUUUCCUUUGUCUUUUUACGAUGGAUUAGCAACUAGACCUUUAUUACUAUCUCCAAAGAGUCGUGGCACCAUAUUAUUAAACCACACGGAUCCAGUAUACGGUCCACCAUUAAUCUACAGUGGCUUCUUCACUGAAAGAAUAGACGUUGAUGUUUUAAUUGCUGGCAUGAAGUUCGUCUUAGGUCUAGAAGAGACUGAAGCAUUCAAGGAAAGCGGUGCAAGUUUCAUCAAAAUCCCAGUAGAAGCAUGUUCGAGUUACGUGUGGGGAACUGACGAAUAUUUCUACUGCCUUCUCACACAUUACACCUCGACUAUAUACCAUCCUGUAGGUACUUGUAAAAUGGGACCACAUAGUGAUAAAAGCGCAGUAAUUGAUCCACGGUUACGGGUAUACGGUGUUAGGAAUUUAAGGGUGGUUGACGCUUCCAUAAUGCCAUUAAUUGUUAGAGGUAAUACUAACGCUCCCACAAUCAUGAUAGGCGAAAAAGCCUCUGAUAUGAUUAAGGAGGAUUGGUUGUCGCAUUAAGUACAAUAUUGCAUGAUGAGUUCUUUGUGUGUCUGUUUUCCAAUUAUUUUAUUCAAGUACGACAAAAUGACUGCAUUACACCUGAUAGUAAGCGCGAUGCUGUCCAAAGAGAAUAAUGAAUGGCAAUAGAAGAUUUCAUUUGUUGUUAUCUUAGUGAGGUGUCCAGGAAAACAAUACGUAAGAUGAAAAUGUCAAAACACUUUUUAAGGAUGCUCUGGCAUAGAUCUCUUUGGGGGAAUCUAACUCCUUAUAAGACAGAUCCAAUGUUUUUCCGGACGGCCAAAGAAAUUUAUGCCCAUCUUCAAGAAUAUUCAGAGCCAUUUCCUCACAGAUGAUGCUGAGAAUCAAAAAGUUAAAGCAUCGAAAUAAAAGGUCAGAACCGGGCCUCUAAGCCGAGAUAAUGUCUUACAGAAAGGGAAAAAAAUACACACAAACGACUCCAUGCGCUUACUUACAAUACAUUUAAUUUAGUUGAUUCAGUUGGAAACUGUUUUG